AUGGGCAAGUCCGGCGCAAAAAAGAAGAAGCCGGCCGUCGCCGCAAAGCCGCCGCCGGCAUCGGCUGAGCUGAAGGCGACGCCGCCCUCGUCCUCUCUACCCGCGUCGAACGGUGCGGCGCUUCACCAGGCGGUGGACGCCGGCGUCCUCUUGCGCCGCGCGCACGAGCUCAAGGAGGAGGGCAACCGCCUGUUCCAGUCGCGCGACUACGCCGGGGCGCUGCGCCAGUACGAGCUGGCGCUCCGCCUCGCCCCGCGCGGCCACCCCGACCGCGCCGUCUUCCACAGCAACCGCGCGGCCUGCCUCCUCCAGCUCCGCCCCGUGGACCACGAGGCCGUCGCCCAGGAGUGCUCCCUCGCGCUCCAGGCCGAGCCGCGCUUCCCGCGCGCUCUCCUCCGCCGCGCCCGCGCGCUCGAGGCGCUCGGCCGCCACGAGCUCGCCCUCGCCGACGCGCUGGCGCUCCUCGCGCUCGACCCUGACCACCGCGACGCCAUCGACCUCUCCUACCGACUACGCGCUCGUGUCAACGCGUCCUCGGCUGCCUCCGCUUCCUCGGCAACCGAGCCCACCAGCCGGCCCUCCCCCGCUGCCCUUGGUGCCUCCGCAGUUGUCGCUGGACUUGGCCAUUCCUCUCCCGCUCGCCCAUUCCCUAAGAAACAACCACCACCACCCCUCCUGCUACUUUGCAGCCAAAUCUCGCAGUGA